CAAGAUGUAAUGCACCACGACUUAACUUUACAUUUCAUUGUGGUAGGUCAUUAAGUCUUUUUGUUUCCUUUAUGCUUUACAGUGUAGAGUUUUUCCCUGGAAGACCAACAUCUACAAAAACAUCGACUCUUAUCAUCUGCUUGUGUGUGAUGUUAAACACUUCAACAGGGUGAAACCUUUAAAUAAGGUUGUGUGAAAAACAGGAAAGACGUAUUUUCUUCUAAUUCUAUUUUAAUUUAAAUUAAACACAGACAAUAUGUUGGUUUGUACAAUAUGUAUGUAUUUAAAUAGAUGUUAUAGUAAAGAUCACGCACAUUACAAUGAUAUCCGGUGAAUCAGAAUGUAGAGUAAGAUUUUUGCAUUUUAGAGACAGAUCAUUGACUCUGGGCAGAGUUUGGAAGAGAAAAUGCUCCAGGAAGCUGUUUAGGAGCCGGAUCUUAUUGGCGAGCCGGGUCGAUUGGUCUAACUCACUGAAAAUAGCUGAAAUUUUGGGCCAUCAGGAUUUGUUAUGUAUUAGAUAUUGAAAUAUCUAAAGGCUACAUCAUGUUGUGCUGUGUGAGGUCAACGUGCUUCUCCUCUUUCUGCUCAGCGUACAAGCUGUCCCUCCCUCCAGCACUACAGAGGCUCAGGUAUCAUUAUUUGUGAAAGAGAGGGAUGGAUGGAGGGAUGAGGGAGGGGGUGUGGUGUAACAGUGAGUAGACAGAGCUGUACACACUGCGUUCACUUUGCUGUGAGUGCUCCAGCUUCGAGAUGCUCCACAAAGCGAUCCAGGCGGCACGUGAGGGCGAUCUGGAGGCUCUCAGGGUCCUGCGGGCUUCCGGGGGUCUGACGCCGGGCAUCGCUGACGAUCAGGGGGCCACGCCGGUUCAUCACGCUGCACGCGGAGGCCGGAUGGAUUGCCUGUGCUUCCUGGUGAGAGAGGCAAACUUCAAAGGGAAUGCACGUGCCAGAAACGGAGCCACAGCUGCCCACGAUGCCGCCGCCACCGGGCACGUGCAGGAGCUGCAAUGGCUGCUGGGACACGGGGAGUGCAGGCUGGAGGAUCAGGAUGGUGAAGGAGCCACAGCUGUGCAUUUGGCGGCUCGGUUCGGUCGUGCUGAUGCUCUGCAGUGGCUCCUGACUGCAGGGGGCAGCGCUGAGCUCCAGACCCACUGUGGGGCUCUUCCUGUCCACUACGCUGCUGCAAGCGGAGACCUCACCUGUCUCAAACUGCUCACGUCCCACUCACCACAGUGUGUGGACCAUCAGAUGCACACCGGAGCCACGCCCCUUUACCUGGCCUGUCAGGAGGGACAUCUGCAUGUGGUGGAGUUUCUGGUGAAGGACUGCGGUGCAAACGUCCAUCUGCAGGCCCGAGACGGGAUGAGCGCCCUGCACGCCGCCGCCCACAUGGGCCACCACGCUCUGGUGGUCUGGCUGGCGUCGUUCACAGACGUGGACUUGUCGUGUCAGGAUGUGAACGGAGCCACAGCUCUGCACUUCGCUGCCAGUGAGGGACACCAUCGCAUCCUGGAGCGUCUGCUUCUCAUGGGCGCCAAGAUCCUGAGAGACCACUGGGGUGGAACACCACUGCACGACGCCGCCGAGAACGGAGAACUCGAGUGUUGUCGGAUCCUGCUGGAGCAUCACGUCAGUCCACUGGAGAAGGAUGUGGACGGAUUCAGUGCAGUGGAACUGGCAGAAUAUAACGGCCACCGUGAAUGCGCCGCUCUCCUCCGAUCAGCUCAGCUUUAUGAGUCAGAGGACCAUCUUCUUCCACCGGAGAUCAUUCUGAUAGAAGAGGAAAGGACACCGUUUGGGACAGAAGGUCAUCAUCUAAACGUUACUGAGCAGUCCAGUGAGCAAAGUUGUAACACUGCUAUGGAGAACAGCAAGCCAGUGAAGGAGGUUCCUCCUCAACCUCGUCUCUAUCCAUCGACCCCCGAUUCUUCAGCCUCACAAUCCACUAGAACUGGAAUCAGCUCCAUUCAACAUGUCCAAGUGGCAUCAGCAGUUGUGUCCACCAUGAGAAUGUGCUCAGAGGAAAGCGAGGCACCGGUGCCUCAGAUGAAGUCCUUAAGAUCCUGGAGACAUGCAGGAAUAACAGCAGUCUUUACUGGACAUGUGAAAGGUGAAAAUGGAAUGGUCGCGCUCCCAGCAGAGGAGGUGAAUCUCGCUGAUAUAGACUCGUUGGUUCCUACACAUGAUGAACAUGGAAGGCCCAUUGCAGAGUGGAAGAGGCAAGUGAUGGUGCGUAAACUUCAAGCAAGACUUCAGGAUGAUGAAGACCAAUGGAGAAAGGAUGACAAAGCUAUGGAUGGCUGGAGAUACUCCAAGGUUCACAAUGCUAUUUUGGGCCCCUUUGGCGAGUUGCUAACGGAGGAUGACUUGGUGUACUUGGAGGGACAGAUUGAGACUGUUUCCCUGCAGAAAAAGUGUCAGGCCUACGAGCUGGAGUUAACGCGUCUGGCCAAGCAACUCCAAACUCUCUUACCUGCUCCCAUUGUUAACAUCACCAUCAACACUCAGUUUCAGCAGAAGCCAGAGAUGGUGGACGCUCUUGCACUUCCUGUCUGGUGCAACCGUAUCUCAGGCAUCGUGAAGAGCAUGUCCCUGCUUCUGAACAACCUCUCAGACAAAAGCAUAGAGGACGGUAUCUCCAAAAUGCCCAACAAAGAACUGGCAUCGGUAUUCUCAACCCAGCCGGAAAGGCAUAGGGGCAAGCGAGAGAAGGUGGAAAUGGAGAUCCAGCUCUCAGGAGUUUCUGUGAGGAAUCUAAGGUCCACCUUUGAAGGUCAGAUUGGGAACAUCUAUCCAUUUUCAGGGAUGUUAAACAACAUGUCUAAGUCCAAUCCCAAGCAGCAGAAUGUGUCUAAUCCCUCACAAACAGGGGUUGUCCUCAAUCAAGACCUCAAUCUUGUUAAUGACUGCAGCCUAAAUUGCAAACAUACCACCAGCGAGGAACCAGCUAAGGUUCUGGAGACCACCAGCUUGCGCAAAGAGCGGAUCGUUGUCUUGUUCUUGGGUCACUGGAAAAAGUCUGCCUAUGCAAUCUCAAUGAGAGCUAAAAUGAAACAAGAACUAGAUACGCAGAGAUCAGCUGAGACAUGCAUCAAAGAUCACAGUGUGCCGACAGUCCAUCAGUCGACCGGUGGCUCCCUGUAUCAUCUCUACAGACAAAGGACAGCUAUAGACAAAAUGAUUCGCAACUGGAGGGCCAUCAACUCAGGGGUUCCCUCACGCCAGAUCCGGAACCUCCAGAGAAAGACGGUCACUUAUUCCCCUGAGCACUUCCUCCCUCGAGUAGAUGGUGCACCUGUGCCUUAUGAAAGCUUGACCCUUGACUUGUUCAUGCUGGGGUACUUCCACAUCCUGGAGCAGGACCUGCCCGCUGAUGAGCGCAAAAUGAGACACCUGCUCUGCUUUGAAGUAUUCGACCACGUGGGGGACUUCCCAUGGGAGACAGUUAGAGAUUUCCAUCGGGCUGUCCUGAGAGACAUAGAGGACGGGAGAAGGCAAUGGAAAGACGGCUUCGAAGACAUCAAGGCCCGUUUCUUUGGGACAAAAACAAAGGUCCCAGCCAGAAGGCCUUUGAAGGACUCUGAGGUGAGGACAGUUCCUAGAGUUAUGGUUGAGGAUGUUGCACAAGAUGAGAGAAACCACAGGGCAGAUGGGAGCACAGACUGGUCAUAUUUUACUAACGAUGAAAUCUGUAAAUACAUUGACCGGAGCUUUGUUUUCUGGAAGGAGAAAGAAGCAGAGUUGUUUGACUUUGAACAUUAGUGUUUGGUUUGGAUUGUUCUGUUAUUAUUGUUACUAAUAUGCUUUGAACUGCAGAUGAACUGUAUGCUUGUGUUGCUGUUUGUAUUUAGACUUGUAUUAAGAUUGUAAUAAGAUAACCAGUCACAUUAGCUUGAAAUUAAUGAAAUGUCACAUGAAAUGCCACAACACAUUCAACAGCCUAAAUAUUUUUGAUACUAUAAGAACAUGGUGCAAAGAACAUAAACGUUGACAAGCUUGUAUUGUAGUUGCUUCUAAAUACUGUACCUGAUACUUCCUUGCCUACUCGAUGCUACAUUUUUCAAACUAUGGACCGAAAAAACAGCUUCCAUCAAGUCUUCCAUUGUUAAGGACAUUGAAUAAUGAAUGCCUUUAGAGAUACUGAAGACAACAUGAAACUGAAAAUUUGAAAGCAUUUUUAUGCAACAUGACACAUUUCCAAAUGAAAUGGCAUAUUUGGAUAGGUUUUAUUCAUGCAAAAUCUGGCCAAGGACACAAGCUAACAAGGUAAAGGUCAGCUUUGAUUUCAGGUUGUCUUUAGGGAGUAAGGAGAGAAGAGGUUUUGAUAAAUAUUAAUUAACUUUGUAAUCACAUUGUGUCCUGUUUGUGUAAGACCAGUGACAGACGAUACUGAGCAACGAGUCAUCAGUAAGUGACACUGCUUCAAAGUGAUGUUUCAGUGAGCAAGAAUGUCUCAUUUGGAAUACAUUUGGUGUCAAAUUGUCUGUCCUCACAUCCUGUCAUUGCAUCCUCACAAGGAGGAACUAAGGCCGAACAAAUUUGUCAAACAAAGAAAUAAAUACUAAUUUAUUUUUAAAAAUAAAGAGCUCAUAUGGCUUGUUAGAAAAGGAUGUGAAUGA